GUACCCCACAUCCAGAGAUUCCACACUAUAUCUUCGAUAUUUAUUUCAAUUAUCAUCAAAAGAUAAUUACUUUUUGUUUCCUUCAAUUAUUAAUCAGAUCUUAAUCAGCGGAGUCAUCUGAGUCAGUAAACUUUACCGAUCAUCCUGCCGUCACACCAUUUUUUACCCUUCAACCGCAUAUGUGGCAAAUUAAACUCCAUAGGAGUUUCACGAUUUUGAAAUUCAGUGUAGCUUAUUCACAUUCUUCUAUCAUGGUUUUGGGUGCAUUGUUCUUCUGCCUUUUUCGAAAUUCAAUCGAUCAAUCAGGAUUGAGUCUACAAAAAUUUCGUCCACAUUUUUUUCGACAAAAUUCUUUGAGGGUUGAAAACUAUCGGGACGAAGCUCACCUCAUAUGCUAAUUGGAAAUGAGAUGAAAAGAGUCUGCGCCGAAGUAGAACAUUAAACAAUUGGACAACAAUUGGAUGUGGCACAACAACGCCAAGACUAAUAUAAAAACGAUCAAUGAUAAGAUAACGCGGCAUUUUGGUGGGACGAACAUUUCCACGAUAUAAUAUCCGUGAUUCAGGCGAUCGAUGGUUCUUGCGAAGCAUAACUUCGAUCAUAAAAGACCGCCAUGAUCGAAUCAAGACUACUGUUGGUUUUAUGUAUAAUCUCAGGUUUGGCACUGUCGGGACAAAGUCCGUUGACAUCUCCGGAUGAGUUGCUUGCCGAAGAGUCCUUCGAGGAAACCGAUACCGCGACAAAGUCAACCGGUGAACUCCGACUUCCCAAAGUAACACGGCCGACUGAUUAUAAAGUGAAACUCAACCCAGAUCUCGAAAAUGGCAAAUUCACCUUCACCGGAGAAGUUGAAAUCACCCUCAAGGUCCUGGAACCAACAAACGACGUAACGAUUCAUUCCAAAGAGCAGAUAAUUGCGGAGAAUCGAACGACCUUAACGAAUGAAGAGAAUUUUUCUUACGAUGUCGAACAUUCGUAUGACAUUGAUAAGGAUUUUCUAUCGAUUCAUACCAAUGAAACGCUACCGAUUGGAACAUAUGUCCUGACCAUUCAUUACACUGGUAAUCUUAGGGAUGAUAUGAUCGGAUUCUACAAAAGUUCGUACAUCGAUCUCGAAGGAAACACCGUAUGGAUAGCGACGAGUAAAUUCGAACCAACUCACGCACGUUACGCGUUUCCCUGUUACGAUGAACCGGCUCUGAAAGCCAGAGUGAGCAUUUGGCUGAAACAUAGUUCGUCCCAACAUGCUUUGGCGAAUACUCCGAUCAUGGAUGAAUUUGUGGACAGCUCGGAUGGAAAAAUAUGGACCGUCUUCGAGACUACGCCACCGAUCUCCACGUACUUGGUGGCCUUCAUAGCUUCGGAUUUCGCGAACAUAUCGAACUCGGAUGAAACUUUCGGCGUUUGGGCAAGACCAUCUGCAAUCGACACCGCACGGUAUUCGUUCGACUUUGGUAGCCAGGCGUUGGCGGCUCUAGCGGUAUUUACAAACGUCCCUUAUUACAAUUAUGCAAUGGACAAGAUGGACCAAAUCGCUAUACCGGAUUUCGCUGCUGGUGCCAUGGAAAAUUGGGGUCUGGUUACGUACAGGGAGAGAUAUCUGCUCUACGAAGAUGGUGUUUCUACAACUUCGGACAAACAGAAUAUCGCGACGGUAGUCGCUCACGAGUUCUCUCACCAAUGGUUCGGAAAUUUGGUAAGUCCGGAGUGGUGGACUUACCUCUGGCUGAACGAGGGCUUUGCCACGUACUUCGAAUACUUUUUGACGGCCGAAAUCGAACCAUCGUGGCGUCUCGACGAGCAAUUCGUCGUUUCGGAAAUUCACGCCAGCGCUUUUCCAGCAGAUGGACUAGGCACGUCCCAUCCUAUGAACGCCGACGUCGAGACCCCGGCCCAAAUCAGCGACAUCUUCGACUCGAUCUCCUACGCGAAAGCCGGAGCUGUGAUACGUAUGUUGGAACACAUCGUCACGACCCCCGUUUUCAGAGCUGGUCUUACAAAUUACCUCAAUGCCAAUAAUUUUUCCGUCGGUACAUCCGAUCUUCUGUGGGCGUCGAUGCAAACGGCUGUAGACGACGCAGGUCAAUCGUUGAAUGUCAAACAACACAUGGAUACUUGGGUGACUCGGGCUGGUUUUCCGCUGGUCACAGCGAGCAGGAAUUACGAAUCAGGCGCGGUGACCUUGAGCCAGGAAAGAUUCUUUUUGAGAAAUCGUGAUUCCUACUACCCUAAAGUGUCCUGGUGGAUUCCAAUAAAUUGGGCGACCGCAUCGGCCCCCGAUUAUUCCGUAACAACUCCUACCACUUGGAUUUCCGAUAGCGCAACUACCACCGUUUCCGUACCCUCUGCCGGUGACUGGAUUCUGCUGAAUUUACAACAAACAGGGUACUACCGUGUCAACUACGACAAAACAAACUGGAAUUUGUUGACCGCUCAUCUAACGGGGCCGAAUUACACCCAAAUAUCAGCGGUGAAUCGAGCACAGCUGAUCGACGACGCUCUCAAUCUUGCGAGAGCGGGUUACUUGGAUUACGGAACGGCCCUCGGCGUGACCAAAUAUCUGUCUCAGGAAAUUGACUACAUUCCGUGGUACUCGGCGUUCAGCGCUUUCACUUACUUGAACAGAUGGUUACCCGAAACGGCUUCGUACGCCGACUUUAAAACUUACGUUACGGGUCUGCUGGCCGGUGCCCUGGACAAAGUGGGAUACGAAGAAUCCGACGACGAUAAACACGUAGAAAAGUUCCUCAGGACAAACGCGCUGACUUGGUCGUGUAAUUUGGGUCAGUCCGAAUGCCUGGAGUUUGCGAAUCGAAAACUUCUGAGCUGGUUGAUCGACGACGAUCAAAAUGCCGUAACACCAGACCUCAAAAGCGUAAUUUACUGCGCCGGUAUCCGUACCGCAAAUUCAACGGUUUGGAAAUUGUUGUGGGAAAAAUACUUGGCUACCGACCUUUCCAGUGAGCAGGUCUUGAUACUUCGAGGACUCGGUUGUACGCCAGACAGGGAAAUUCUGAACAAGUACAUGGAACUCGCUACGGCUACAGGAUCCGGAAUUCGACCCCAAGAUUCAACGACCGCUUUUUCCUCUGUUUAUACUUAUGGAGGUGCUCAAAACGUUGAACCAGCCUUGGACUACAUUAUCAAUAAUUUUGAUAAUAUAUUAGCAUACUAUGGCAGUACCUCGUCAAUCGCGACUCUACUCUCUGGAAUUGGACUCAGGAUAACGACAAACGAGCAGCUGACUAAGCUGCAAAAUUUCUCGAUCGCCCAAGCAGCCCUUCUAUCAGGUGCUGCGAAUACCGGGAUAUCGAAUGCUCGGAGUAACUUGGCUUGGAUUGAAACGAAUGAAGAAGCGGUCGGCGCGUGGCUUAGGGAAACGAUCAGAAGCGGAACGAACAAUAUCAUCGGCAGUGUUCUACUCACAUUUGGUCUCGCUUGCUUAUUACGCAUUUAUCAAUGAUGCAGGAGAAAAACGAAUGAAAAAUGGUUUUUGGAGAGACUAAAAACUGAGUUAUGGAAGUUGAAUAAUACGAAACUUUUUUUUUUUUAUGGAAGUUUGUGACAAUCAUAAUUGUAUAAUAGCAUAUAAGAUACACACGUUUGUAUAUAGACAUAGAAUCGAAUCGAAUUGAAAUCAUAAAUCAAUCAAAUUAUGAUUGCCCAAAUGCGUAAAACAUAUAACGUUAAUCAGGAUAUUAGUUCAUGAAAAAAUCCCAAGAUAUUGAAUUAUGGCAUUUAUCAAAAUGAAAAAAAUAAUCAAAAUAAAUCGAGGGAAAGUCAUCGGCAAAAUAUCAUCAUAGAUAUAUCAUUAUUUUAACGAUUGACGAGAUUAGAAUUAUCAUCUAACCGACAGCUUCGAAUAAAGUACCCGCAACAAUUA